GCCCAUGUGUGUCCUCCGGGAUAGAGUUCGCUUUAAGGAGAUGUUUAUGUUUCCCGAGGGGAAGGAGGUUAAACAGCCCUGAAGAUUAGAUUAGAUUCUGCUCCCUGCCCGGGUCCCCGGGCCUCAGUAAAUGCCGGCAGAUGUCACCUGGGAAGUGAAGGACGAACGGCGUGCGCAUGCGCACAGGCGCCACAUGGGGGCGGGAGCCCGCCGAGCCCCUUCCCCAAGUGGGUGAAGAUCAUUGCUAAGAAGAACUCUGGGUAUAAGAAUGAACACAAUGCAUGUGAUGAUGGCUCAGAUCUUGAGAUCGCAUCCUAUAAAUGCUUCAGUGAUACAGAAUCGAAUGAAGAUGCUCCCGCAUCUUGAUCUCUUUAGAAAUAGAAUGAUGUCAACUCUUAAAUCUAAAAAGAAGAUCAAAGAGUAUUAUAGACUGCUGAAUUUACAGGAAGGUUGUUCUGCAGAUGAUGUCAGGGAAUCUUUCCAUAAGCUUGCCAAGCAGUACCAUCCAGAUGGUGGUUCCGAUACUGCCGAUUCUGCCACAUUUAUAAAGAUCGAAGAAGCUUAUCGGAAGGUGCUUUCCCAUGUGACAGAACAAACAAAAAUCAGAAAGAAUAAAGCUGUGGAAGCGGAAGAGGAAGAGGAAAAGUUUAGAUAUCAAACACCCCAACACCGACACUAUUUAAGUUUUGAAGGUGUUGGUUUGGGAACACCAAGCCAACGAGAGAAGCAAUAUAGGCAGUUUAGAGCAGAUCGUGCAACUGAGCAAGUGAUGGAAUAUCAAAGACAGAAACUACAAAAUCAAUAUUUUGCCCAUAGUUUAACUGUGAAAGAUGUAAGACAGAGUAAACAACAAAAAAUCACUCAAGCAAUAGAGCGUUUAGUGGAGGAUCUCAUUCAAGAAUCAAUGGCCAAAGGAGACUUUGAUAAUCUCAGUGGGAAAGGAAAACCUCUUAAAAAAUUCUCUGGCUGUUCAUAUAUUGAUCCCAUGACUCACAAUCUCAACAGAAUAUUGAUAGAUAACGGAUACCAACCAGAAUGGAUCUUAAUGCAAAAGGAAAUAAAGGAUACUAUUGACGAACUCCGAAAUGCAAUCUUAGUGUCAAGGAAAAAACUUGGGAAUCCGAUGACCCUCAUGGAACAGAAGCAGUGGGACCAAGUUUGCAAGGAGUUUGAAGACAACAUCAGAAAACUAAACAAGCGAAUUAAUGAUUUUAAUUUAAUUGUUCCCCUCCUGACUAGGCAGAAAGUUCACUUUAAUGCACAGAAAGAAAUUGCAAGAGCCCAGGAAAUAUAUGCUACCCUUAUGAAAACAGAGGAGGUCACAGAUAAAAAGGCAAUUGAUGCUGAGCAGGGAGAAGUGGAGGAAACAUCUGCAGUUAAGACAGGUUUCUUUAACUGGAUGAAUGUAUGGAAAUUUAUUAAAAUAUAAU